CCCAUCAGGAUAUUUAGUUAACGCAAGGCAAUAGUGGUAUAGUAAGUCUUUUAUGGUUGUCGUUUUACUUUUCGAAGAGCAAGGAAUCUUAUUUAUGGCGUUUCUAAUCAGGCCUCGGAAAAAGAACAAACUUUUCCUCUUUCAGCAUCACAGAUUUUUAAUCUGCAUUGCUGCCCACACGCGCCACAGCAGCAAGCCACACUCUAUUUCGCCUUUUAUUUACCAUGACAGAUUGGUGAAACACGACUAAACGGGCACAAAAGUCAAGCUCUUUUUUAUGUUCAUGUGGAAAAAUAAUCUCUGUUUGUCAACUUUUGGCGUUCCGCAUUACAAAUCUGGUUUUUCCGUCUCUUUCGUCUUGCGUACAAAAACGAAAGCUCCUGAUGCAACAUUUCACUGUCCGAACAAGGCAGCCACAGGGUAAAAAAGCAGCAGUGGUAAAUAAAAACCACGAGGAGGAGAUCCAAGAUCUUCAUUCUUUUCGGUUUUUCAAUCUAUGUUCGAAGUACUGACACCAGGCGAGAAUAGAUACAUGAGAGGUGGUAAUGGGGAAAAUGAAAACUGAGUGUGAGAAAAGGUGUAGAAAUAUCUUCGUUCGGUAUUUUUACACUUGUUUAUACGACAAACGAGGACCCACUAUUUACAGCAUAACAGAGGAGCAGCAGAAUCGAUUUUGCAACAGGCGGAUCGACAGAAAACUGCUUUUAACCGACCAUGAUGAAGUCAAACGGUGGUAAGAAAAAUUUGCUGCGGGCCGGCGCUGCGGUGGUUUCGAGCAGCAGCUACCGCACCGGCGGGGUGGUUUUUUCGCACGGACUGAAGAUUGCUACUACUGCUGUACUACCAGACGAGGUUGAAGAAGAUCCGGCUAAUGUUGUCGUUGUGUCCACCAACGCGAAAAGUAGCGGCGUCAGCACUCCUGGAACUACCGGAGGAGAUCAUGCUGGUGAAAACAAGCAAAAACCGACUGCAGCAAUAAAUCAGCGUCGUGGCCGCGGCGGCGAAGGAGGUGGUGGUAGUGCAGCGGCAACGACGAGGACUUUGCUGAGUCGAGGGAAGAUGAAGAUGACCAUAUCACGAGGAAAAAUCCCCCCUCCCCAUAUCAAAACGGAAUUUCUGAUGCUGGAUUUGUGUACACAAAUCAGGUUUGUAUUGCAGAGAGGCACCGCGGCCAAAUCCCCAGGCUAGGUAGGGGCGUAUGGGUCUAGUUGUUCAGCAUGGCAAACGGGUCACUUUUAGGGCCAACAGCAUGACAAAUCGCUUCCAUAGUGGGGCGGAAGGUUCUGCCCUUGUCUUCUUGCAAAACAAAUGUGAUUUGCGACCUCAAAUCAGCAACACAAAUUUUCGGAAACAUACCUUUUCGAUAUGGGGAGGGGGGAUUUUUCCUCUCAAUACCGGUACGGCCUUGAUCAUGCGUGCACCUGGCGACGUGCGAGAAGUGCUGGACGAUUUUCGAAUUAUAUGAUGCGAUGAAUUACGCGAAAAAGUGAAUGAAAGAAAAACGACGACCGCAGCUCCAUACUAGUGUGAAAGAAUGUCACCACAACUAGCAU